AAAAUGGAUCAGCAUUUCCAGUUAAUACGCUGCGAUCAUUUGUACGAUCGCAUCAUAUACGAUACUUUAAGAACCGAUAUUUGUGGCAUAGACCGAGCGAAAUAUCUGCUAACAUGUCUGUCCAUCAUAUUUUUGAUCUUUGGCUGCAUUUUUGUGUGGAGAAAAAAUGGAAAGUGCCAUAAAACUCUGUUAACAUUUCAUAAUAUACGGGCAGCUGUGUCGCUGCUGCUCCUGGCCAUUAAUAGCCUGGAGGUGGCCCGCAGUCUGUUGCCGCAACGGCAUGUCGAGCAGUUGAAUCGACUCUUCGAGCAGACCGACGAGCGGAAUGUUUUGAUUGUCAUUGGAACGGGAGCGGUGUGGAACGCUUUUGCCGCCAGCCUGUUCACAAUUAUGCAAAUGUGCUAUCAUCGUUUGGUGGAGCGCAAGAAGGCGGCAGGGUUUCUGUACUUGAGCUUGGGCUUGGAAGUGUUGAUAUUUGUGCUGCGCAUUGACGAAUUGGCCGAAUUGGUUUACUACGAGGAUAUGCUAGAGUUGGAAAUGUUCCUCGCGUGCUCGACAAUGUUGAGCUUAAUAGGCCUGGCCACCAUUGACGGAUACACCAUUUACAGAGAGCGUUAUCGCCCUGAUUACUUGGAGGACUACGAUAAAAUAGGCUACAAGCAUACACUGGCCACAUUUUACUCCAAGUCCUGUUUCUGGUGGCUGACGCCGCUCUUGCGCUUUGGCUAUAAGGUGCCAUUGGAGCUCGAGGAUUUGGGCCAAAUGCGUUUGGAGGAUAGCGCGCGUGCGCAUUAUGACCACUUUUUAUUGAUUUACAAAACUGAGAAGGUGAAGAACGCAAAUACACCGCCAUCUUUGUGGUAUUGCUAUAUGAAGAAUAGUUGGCGGAUGUUUGCAUUGGGCGGCAUUUUAAAGCUGGCCGGUGAUUUAUUUGCAUUGAUUGGUCCACUUGCCAUACAGCAAAUAGUGCAAUAUAUCGAAGUACUCUAUGCGGAUGCCCAAUCGGCGGUAACUAAUCAGAAUGCUCCCAAUAUUGUUGCCGAUUUUGCUGCUGUUGAUGUUGAUGUUGAUGAUGGUGUUGAUGUUGAUGUGGACGCGGACGUUUUCGUGAGAAUAUACUAUGCCUACUGGUCGGAUUUGGUAACAAAUGGUUGGAGCAUCGCUUGGAUUGUUUUGUUGGCCGCACUCACACAGGCCGCAUUGUCCCAGGCCUCCACGCAUGUGCUCAAUAUGACGGGCAUCAGGAUUAAAACAUCGCUACAGGGUCUAAUUUAUCGCAAAAGUUUGCUGUUGAACGCCAGCGGUUGUGGCAACAAUGCCAACAACUCUGCCAACAAUGCUGACGACGAUGUUGCGGCAAAUUCUGCUACUAUUGUGCAACAAAAUGGUGACACUAAGUUCACUGCUGCGGCGACCGAUAAGCCUGCAAAUAAAUCACUUGCAAUUGCUUUACCCUGAACAGCGCUGAACGAUAUAGGAGCCAUCACGAAUCACAUGACCGAGGACACGCUAAACAUUAUGCAGUUCUUCUGGAUUGCACAUUAUGCUUGGGCCAUACCAUUCAAGAUAUCCGUGGUCAUCUAUUUGCUGUAUCUGAAGCUGGGCAUAAGUGCGGUGAUUGGCGCCAUUGUGUGUAUAUUAAUAAUGACGCCAUUGCAAUUUCUCAUUGGCAAAGCCAUGUCCGAGAACGCCGAAGUGAUAGCGAAAUACACCGAUGAGCGCCUAAAGAGAAUACACGAUACCUUGAUAGGAAUAAAAAUUAUUAAAUUAAAUGCCUGGGACGAGGUCUUUCUUAAGAAGAUAAAUGCAGCGCGAAAGAAGGAGCUAAAAUACCUAAAUAAGGAUGCCAUGUACUGGACUUUGAUGACGAUUCUCAUGCACAUUUCCACGGUACUCAUCACUUUCGUCACGCUGGCCGUUUACGUGUAUUUACCUCGUAAUGGGAACUUGGAUUUGGAUGCCAGUCGCUUGUUCUCCGCUCUGGCGCUGUUCCAACAGCUCACGGUUCCGCUGCUCAUCUUUCCCAUAACAGUGCCAAUUAUAAUUGAGGCGCGUGUUUCGACACGUCGCCUAGAACGUUUUCUGCACGCACGAGAAAUCCAAAAACAAUUCGAGGGCAUACGCAACAUGGCGCGCAUUCUGAGCAAAAGCGAUGCCUCCCUGGAUAUGUACGAGACGCAGGAGAAGUCCAACCUGACAAUGCGUACGGCCCAGGCGGAGAACAAGUUGAACGAGCAGCGACUGGCCCUGCGGAUUCGCAUUCCUGAGCAAUCGGCGCCCUUGGCACAAUCGGAGCCCAUCACGCCGCUACUCCAGAGCACUGGCGAGUCAUCGGAGGAGAAAGCCCCGAAUCCGUUUUUCCAUGAGCAGCGUCAUCACAAGGUGCUUGUGCAGCAGCGCCGCGAGCUCCUACGUAAUACACCCUAUGUGGCCAUACGGCCGCCCAAAUUGGGCGCUGGCUCUUUGGACAAAAGCGUAGACCAGUUUUCGGUGGUGCGCGCACGGAAUACGGACAGUUGGCGUCGUGAUUCGUUGCUCCUCAAGAUGCCCGAAGAUAUUGCAGUAUCCAUUAACGAUGGGUUGUUCACCUGGCAGCCACAAAGUCAGCAACUGCCGCACGUCCAGCUCCAUGUCCUCGAGAUGGCCAUACCCAAGGGUGGCCUUACGAUAAUUGUGGGGAAAACUGGCGCAGGCAAAACAUCACUGUUGUCGGCAUUGCUAAUGGAAAUGCCUCUCCUGGCGGGGAAUAUGUUCUGGCACAAGACUUCCACCAUUUCCUAUGUGCCUCAGCAGCCUUGGCUCCUGAACUCCAGCAUACGUGAGAAUAUACUGUUCGGGGAGUGCUUCCGACCCAAGCGCUACGAUUUUGUGCUGGAUGCGUGCGCACUAAAGCCAGAUAUUGAACUAAUGCCCCAUGGCGACUUCACCAUAAUUGGCGAGCGGGGCAUCAAUUUGUCCGGUGGCCAGCGGCAACGUAUUGCCAUAGCCCGUGCCAUUUAUUCAUCGGCUAAUGUGGUAAUCAUGGACGAUCCGCUGUCAUCGCUGGACAAUGAAGUGGGGCGGCAUGUUUUCGAGCAGUGUGUGCGUCAAAUGCUAUUGAAAUCGAAUCGAACCAUCAUUCUGGUGACACAGCAAUUACAGCUGAUCAAGGAGGCGGAUUAUUUAAUUGUGAUGAAAGAUGGUCGUCUGCAGGCUUGCGGCAGUUACAAGGAUAUUGAGCUGAAGCAGCCGCAUAUAAUCGCCAAAUGGAACUCAAUAAUUGCCAAAGCAAAUGCAAAGAACCAGCAACAACACAGCGACGCCUCCCUAGAACGCACGGCACGUGAACGCUGGAAACUGUUCAAAAACGUGAGCAAAUUGGGACUACAGCGUUCGAUUUCAAUGACGUCUGAGACGAGCACAAUUGCCGAGCUCGAUGUGCCAACAGAUGGUGGAGGUGUUGGCGCUACCGUGUCAAUGUCGGGUAAUAACAUGCAAGCGGAUGCUGUUGAUGGUGCGAACAGGCAGGACGAUGAUGACGACGACGACGAUGAUGAGUUGCCCGCGACACUGCCCGGCACGGGUGCGGGACUGCAUCAUGGCAGCAGUUUUAAGCUGCAACGCAAACGUUCCAGCGUCUAUGGCUCGCGGCAUCUCAUCUACGAUGUGCCGCUGCCCAUUGAUGAGUGCCAGACUGAGGAUGUCAUAAUGCGACGCCGGCGUCGUCCAGCCUCGCUGCAGCGACGCACGAACAGCACCCGUGCUGGCAGUUCCACCAACUCGUGCCAUCGUCUGAGUGGGAUAAGCACAGCCACAGCCACAUCGACGUCGAGUGCCAGCAGCGGUGAUUUCCUGAGACGCAGCGUCCUCACUGCCAGCUUCAGCAGCUAUGCAUCGAGCAGCGGGGAUUGGGCAGAGCUGAAUGAAUUGGUGAGUGCGACGCCAGCCAAAAGUGUGGUGAGUGGGGCACGCGCCCAAUCGUGGCAGCCCGCAACGCAACAAUCGAAGUCACAACAUCAGCCGGUCACACGGAACGCAUCCUCGCCACCGGCCAUGGAGGCCAUCGAUGGCAUGGAUGAGCUGCAGGAGACGUUACCGACUCGAGGCGGCUUUCAGCAGUUCCUUCGGCGCAUGUCCAUGCGUAGGUCCAACAAGCCAAAACAUCAUCAUCGGCCCCUGAGCGCCACCAAUUCGAUAAUUAGCAUUUCUGAGGAGUGUAGCGCCAGCGCCUUACUGCCCACCAUCGAGCUGAGUCCUUGCACCCCCGAAGCUGGAAAACUGACGCCACCUGCCAUUGACUUGAGCAAAGUGCAGACAACAACAAAUUGGUUGGCCGAUAUUGAGGCACAAAAGCAGGAGGAAACGGAGACAGAAUCCCAGAAAAUAGCACCGACAGCAGAUGCUGUGACGAUGCCGCCCAAGCGAGUGAAAUAUGUCAAUAUUGACUACAAAGCAGUGACAGCGAAUGGUUGCAACCGGAGCGAGCCACAAAACGACAUUGACGUGGCAAACGUGAGCCAAGUGCAGUCGCAAACGGAUGCAAAUGCCGGAGUUGGAGUUCCACCUUCACCUGAACCCGCACCUGCACUUGCACCUGCACCUGCACCCACAACUGGCGGCGAUGCUGAACGCAAAUAUGGUCAGAUAUCGCAUCACAUAUAUAUGCUGUACAUGCGCGCCUCCGGUCUACCCAUAAUCAUUACCUUUUUUAUCACCGCACUAAUUUGGCAAUGUUUGCGUGUCUACACGGACGUUUGGCUUCAACGUUGGACGAAUCAUGUGGCUGUGGCUGUGGCUGUGCCUGCUGGUGAUGUGGAACUGGACAUGGAUCUGGAUGUGGAUAUGGACCACGAAGUCACGUACUACUUUUGUAUGUAUGCAACAAUUUCGUGUGUUUGCAUUAUAAUGGCCAUGAUAUCAACACCGGCCGGACAAUGGGCCGGAUGUAAUGCCCGUCGUAAUUUGCACGAUAAACUGUUGCAAACGAUUUUGCAUAAAAGUUUGCACUUUUUUCAAGUGACACCGCUCGGACGCAUCGUGAAUCGUUUCAGUAACGAUAUGGCGAUCAUUGAUAAGAAAAUCGCUGCAACAAGUCAACGACUGUUACAAUUUACGUUGCUCUGCGUGUUCGCCAUAUUGAUAAAUGUGAGUGUGACGCCCUGGUUUUUGGCUCUAACGUUGCCAAUUUGUGGAGCCUAUUAUUUUAUACAGAAGUUCUACAGGUGUUCGGCGAGGGAGCUGCAGCGCAUUGAAAAUUCAACAAACUCUCCGGUCAUCUCACAUCUGUCGGAGACAAUACAAGGUGUGACCACAAUACGAGCGUACAAUCAGGAGGCACGUUUCACAGAGAUACUCUUCAAACGUCUCGAGGCGAACACAAUUGCAUUUACCAUAUUGAAUACCAGUAAUCGUUGGUUGGGCAUAUCAUUGGAUUACUUGGGCGGUUGCAUUGUUUUUGUGGCCAUUGUGACGGCCCUGGUGACGGCAAGCGUCAGUUGCAGCAACUAUGUGAGGGAGAGAGGGGAGCUGGCUUAUGCCGUCAAUAAAAACAUGCCAACAGUCGACUCGAAGGAGACAGCAGGCGAACUGACACCAACACCCUCGCUUGUCGGUCUGGCCAUAAACUACACGUUGUUGGUGCCGAUUUACCUUAAUUGGGUUGUAAAACUUUGGGCCGAUAUGGAGAUGUAUGCGGGCUCGGUCGAACGCAUUGCAUACUAUGCCCAGCUUGAUGAGCAGCAGCAGAAGGAGCAGCAGGAGCAGCAGGAGCAGGAGCUGGAGAGCUCUGAGCAUGUGGAAGUUGUGGAAAUCAGCAAUGAAGUCGAUAGGUCGUCCUUUGCUGACAAACUUUGCCCAGGCGCACCGUCAGCUGCCGUUGAUGUUGAUGGAGACGGCGAAUCUGAUAAAUUAAAUGCAGGCAUUGCAGCCGGCGACGGCAAUCACUUAAACUUGCUCACGACGACAGUUGUUGACAAGUUGGAGGCGUCUCCGGCCUGCAGCACCGUCGCUGCACCGGUGAUUAAAGAUAAGGAAAUGCCAGCACUGGGAGCUGACAAGGUCGCGUUACCUAAUGAGCCUGCAACACGGCAGCGGGAACGACGGCAUCGCUCCGUCAAGCGCUACCAUAGCGUUCCCAUCUCUUGGCCCCAGCGUGGCGACAUCGCGUUCGAAAAUGUCAGUUUGCGUUAUGAAGGACAAAGGCAGGAUGUUAUCAAGAAUUUAACAUUGAAAAUACCAGCAGGUCAAAGGAUUGGCAUCUGCGGCCGCACGGGCAGCGGCAAAUCAUCGCUGGCCCUAUCCCUAUUCGGUGUAUUGCAAACGACAAGUGGCCAGAUACGUAUCGAUGACGUGGACAUCGAGCAAAUCCAAGUGGACGAGCUGCGCACGCGAUUAUCAAUAAUACCACAGGAUGUGCAUCUGUUCAAUGCAACAGUACGUGAAAACCUAGAUCCGCACGGCUAUUAUUCGGAUUUGCAAUUGUGGAAUUGCCUCGAAUUGGCGCAGCUCAAGGAGUUUGUCAAAGUGCAGUUGCCGGAGGGUUUGGAUACUGAAAUCAACGAUGUCGGCGCCAACCUGAGCGCGGGACAUCGACAAUUACUCUGCCUGGCACGUGCCAUUCUGCGAGGGUCUGUCUGUCUGGUGCUGGACGAAGCAACAAGUACGCUCGACAGCAGCACGGAGCAGGCGCUGCUCAAGGCAGCGGACAAGGCGUUCAAGGGUCGCACAAUUAUAACCAUUGCCCAUCGUCUCAGCACCAUACUCGACUACGAGCGUGUUAUUGUGCUCGACCAGGGCUCCAUUGUGGAGGAUGGCAACCCUAAGCAGUUGCAGCAGCAGCCCAACUCUGUCUUUUACGGACUGCUGCAUACGGGCGCUGGCGAUGAGGGGCCCUCCUCGGCUCCAAGCGGGCUCCUCCUCCAGCCCAAGCAGGGGUUCGGCGGUCAGUCGUAGUCUGUUUGGCAUUUUUAUUUCUAUAUGUAUGUAUUGAUGUACUUAAGUGUCCCAGUGGUUUAGCUCGAAUGUGCCAUAAAAGUGAUUUUUAUAUGUAUUUCUGUAUGCUAUAUGUACACUAGCUGAUACAAGUAUUUGAA